AUUUUCAACAACCAACACUUGCGAAUCACUUGCAUUCCAAAACAAAAGGGCUCUUGCUGAGCUGUAGCAUACCACAGCUGAAUCCAUGGCGAAGUGCUGCCUGCUGCUGCUCUUCCUGGCGUUCCUCUUUUCGCCGGCGGCGAGCAGCGACACUACGCCGUGCCACCCCGACGACCUCCACGCGCUGCGGGCCUUCGCCGGGAACCUCACCGGCGGUGGCGUCCCCCUCCGCGCCGCGUGGUCCGGCGCCUCGUGCUGCGGCUGGGAAGGUGUGGGCUGCGACGCCGCAAGCGGCCGCGUCACGGCGUUGCGGCUCCCCGGCCGCGGCCUUGCGGGGCUCAUCCCAGGAGCACCCUUGGCGGAGCUCGACCACCUUUCCUUCCUGGAUCUCUCCGGCAACUCGUUGGUUGGCGAGGUACCCGAGAGUCUGCAGAUACGACUCGAGGGCCUCGCCACCGCCGCUCGCUCAUUUGCUACGCCUUUCACUGACAUGCCAUUAUUGUAUGUGGAGGAGCGUAGCCGCAGAACCCUCGACGAAGAACCAAACACGAUAACCGGCACCAACAAUACCGUCGUGUCAGGAAACACCAACGUUCUCUCCGGGAACGACAACAUUGUCAUGUGCGGGAGCAACAACACCGUGUCCGGAAGCAACAACACCAUCGUAAGAGGGUGUGACAAUGUUGUGGCUGGGAGCAACCACGUCGUGCGUGGGAGCAACCAUGUCGUGUCCGAGAACAACAAUGUUGUCUCCGGGCAUGACAAUAAUGUGUCGGGGAGCUUCUGUACCGUGUCCGGGAACCACAAUACGGUAUCUGGGAGCAACAAUACCGUGUCUGGGAGCUACCAUACCGUAUCUGGGAGCAACAAGGUCGUGACAGGGGGUUAAGUCUGUAAGCGUACGUAUUGUUCCCAUCGGAGCUCCGGUCACCCCCUUGUCCUACUUAAUUCGGUGUACCUCACAAGCACUUGGUGGGGUCAAUCUUCUGUGUCCUGUAUGAGGUUAAUGAUCUAGUAUAAGUGUACCGUCGUUUCCUUCUUCUGUAACGGAGCUUAGCUCCUAGCUUGUCUAAGUUCAGUGUAGCCCCCACAGUCACUAGCUUAAUUAGUGGGGUCAAUCGAUCGUGUUAUGUAACCUCAUGGGGAUGUGGCAUCCUAGCUUUUCCUACUCUGAAUAAGAAUUUCCCUUCAAUAUCUUACA